AUGAUUUGCGCAGAGUCUCUCAAUUAUAUAGGGACGGAACCAUCUGUAUAUAACGAAUUUAUUGAACUGCCUCUCAAUAGUUCAUUUGUCUGUUUUCAAUUGCGAAAAGAAGUAGAAGUUGCUUCAAAUGUCAGUGUCAGUGCACAGGACCUUAGCUGGAGAUAUAAACUAAAUAAAGUGAAAGAACUUGCAGAGGCAUUUGCUGCUUUUGUUUUGAAGCUGACUGUAAUAGUGACUUUGGUGGUGUUUGUGAUAAUUGGUGUCAUCUCUUGCUAUUGUGCAAAGAGAGCAAGAAGAGCAAUUACACAAGAAUUGCAAACAGCUGUUCGCGCUGCAUCGACCAACACACAGUACACAAACACUCCCCACAAUGCGGUUCAAGUUUGGGAGGUUAUUGCUCCCACCAUGGAGAAUUUCCUCCAAGAAAUGGCAAGGGAGAAGCCUGUUAGAUUCAUAGCACAGCAGCUAUAUUCAUUUACCAGCAAUUACUCAACUAGGUUGGGUUCUGGAGAUUUUGGGGUAGUCUACAAGGGUCAGUUUCCAAAUGGAAUGAGGAUUGCAGUAAAGGUUCUUACCUGGAGUGUAGACAAAAGAGCAGAAGAGCAAUUCAUGGCAGAAGUUGGCAUAAUUGGAAGAACUUACCUCAUAAAUCUGGUCAGACUCUAUGGUUUUUGCCAUGACCAGUACAUGAGCGCACUUGUCUAUGAGUUCAUGGAAAAUGGUUCGCUUGACAAAGGUUUAGCUUACUUGCAUGAAGAAUGCCAGCAAAGAAUCAUUCAUUAUGAUAUAAAGCCUGGAAAUAUUCUGCUAGAUGAAAAUUUCUUUCCCAGAGUAGGAGAUUUCGGACUCACAAAGCUUGGUAAUAGAGACAACACACAUGUUACACUCACAGGAUAUAGGGGCACUCCUGGCUAUUCAGCACCAGAAUUCUUGUUAAAGAAUCACCCAAUAACACAUAAAUGUGAUGUUUACAGCUUUGGAAUGGUACUAUUUGUGAUAAUUGGUAGAAGAAAAAAUACAAUUGUUGGUCCUGGCGGUAGCCUUGAUUGGUUUCCUAAACAUGUUUGGGACGCAUAUGAGAAAGAUGAAUUGAAUAUAAUGACAGUAGCUUGUGGGAUUGAAGAGAAAGACAGAGAGAAAGUAGAGAGAAUGAGUAAGGUGGCAUUGUGGUGUGUACAGGACUCACCAGAGGGAAGGGCUCCAAUGAGUGCUGUGGUAAAAAUGUUAGAGGGAGGAGUGGAGAUUGUGCCACCUCCAAAACCAUUUCAGUAUUUGUUCUCAGUUGGGAUGACAGCCCUUAAUCCACUAGAAACCAGUGAUGGUUCAAGUUAUACCACAAGCGAAGAAAGUCAAUCUCGCUGGUACAAGGAGAUCACUCCAAUCAUGGCCAAGUAUGAAAUCCAGAUGGCCAGUUCUGCUUAA